AUGGACGAUCAGGAGGCCCGCCGUAUUAACCGCACGCUUAAAAAGGCCACCUUGCGUCGUAAUGAGUGUAUUAAAAAUAUACGCGCGAUACACGCGCUCGCGCAGCGUUGCAUUGAGGAGGAGGACUUAGUUCCCCAAUUGGUAGUUCUUUUAGCUGAAAUCAAAGAGUUAUGGACAGCGUUCACAGCGGAGAGUAAUACGGUUAUUGAUUGUUUAGUGGAUUUAGAUCGAGAUUCCGAGUAUUCUGUUGAUCAGGUAGCAGAGUUACGUGAAAUGAUGUCGUAUUCCCGCGCUACAGCUGAUCGCUACCUCACAAAUCAACAUAGUGCUGAGAGGUCAUUGCGUAAAGGGUCUGUCACGUCCCACGUAGAUUAUGGGUCCGCGAAUGAGUCUAUCCCUGAGGGGGAUAACAUUGUAUUUAACCCCCCCAAUAGUAAUGCUGAUGCUGUACUUAAUAGCUCACGUGGGGUACAGGGGGCAAAUGUUCCGGUUGAAAAUGAAAAUGUAUGUGUACGUAAUGUGUCUAACUUAAAACUUGCACGAUUGCCGGAAAUUCCGUUGCCCAUAUUUCACGGUGAUAUUUUUAAGUGGUUGACCUUCCGAGACCGUUUUAUCUCUAUGGUCGACCAGCGCCCCAAUAUUACAGAUAUAGACAAGUUCUAUUACUUAACAGGUUGUUUGCGAGACAACGCGCUAGAGGCGAUAGCCGGCAUACCGGUAUGCGGCAGCAAUUAUCAACUCGCGUGGUCUACAUUGAUAGCGCGAUUCGAUAAACCGCGGCUAGUAGCGUCUUCACUUAUCGAACAACUAUUAAACGCACCUAAAUUCGCAAAUGAAACGCUAGUUGAUUUAAACAAAUUUUUAUUGGUCUUUGACGAGGGGGUUUCAGUACUUGAGUCAAUGAAACUUCCGAACCUGGGUGACUUUAUUUUAUUUUCUUUGGCAUCGCGGUGCUUACCGUCGUAUUCAAUUAAGCUUUUUGAAGCUCAGCUCGCAAGUGGAUUUCCAACUGUUAGAGACUUAUUGUUCUUUGUAAAGUCUCGUGUUAAUAUAUUGGAGUGUGUACCCAGUGCGCCGCGUGAGUCCGUUCACAAACCAUCAAAACAGUCCGCUUCUCAAAAUUCGUAUGUCACCCCAAAACAUUAUAAUUCCGGCCCUAAUAAUUUUAAAAAGCCACAGUCCACAUCGUUAAUGACCAGCACAGGGACAUCAAAAUCGAAUGUUUCGUGUCCAGUCUGCAAGGGGUCGCAUAUAGUAUCGAAAUGCAACAAAUUUACGGGAUGGUCCGUAGACGUUCGGGAAAAAUGGGUGCGUGAAAAUCGGUGUUGUUUUCGGUGCCUACGCGUGGGCCAUUGGGCCCCGGAGUGUAAGUCCCCUGUGCAAUGCACUAACUGCCCUCGCAGACAUCAUCCACUGUUACAUACUUCGAACACGGUUAUUAGUGAUAGGGACAGUAACCCAACAUAUAGUAGUCAGUUGAACCGCGAAGAAACCACGGCACAAUCGUCUCUUCUCGGCAGUAAUGCGCAAAAUUCAUCGUCCGUCGUUCUUGGGACCGCGCUAAUUCAUAUCCGCGACUGUGGCGGUAUGUUGCACACUAAGCGCGCUUUGGUUGAUUCUGCAUCCCAGAUAAGCGCGAUCACCGUGGACUGCGCCGCCCAAUUGGGUUUAAGAGUAUCUCGUUGGACCGCCCCUAUUUCGGGUUUGUCCGGUACAUCAGUACAGGACGUUAGGGGGCAGGUAAAUUGUAACAUACAGCCUAGAUUUGCGACUAACCCGACCUUCAAUUUCACAGCGUGGGUAUUCCCCACUAUUACAGCUCAAAUGCCCAGCCAACCGAUAUCUGAUCAGGUGGCAGAUAAGUACCAAAAUCUCGCACUCGCUGACCCCUCAUUUACUUUGCCAGAUAAGAUUGAUUUACUGCUCGGCGCGGAUCUAUUUGCGCGCAUAUUAAAUGGCAAACGCGUGUCGGUAGGCGAUGCCUAUCCGGUGGCAUUCGGGUCCGUUUUCGGCUGGAUCAUAAUCGGCCCAGUUCCACUGUCGAAAAAUCCUGUAUCCAGUUCACACUUAAUUUCGUUGGUCUCCUCAAUCGAAUGUCUUAUGGAUAAUUUCUGGCGCGUAGAGGAACCAGAAACACCCCCUAAUGACUUUACGUGUGACGGGCAGUGUGAAGUAAUGUUCCGUAAAAAAUAUUCGCGAGAUAAUUCCGGACGUUAUGUAGUUCCUUUAUUAUUUCGCCAACCGGUGGCAGACACCACCUUUGCAGGUUCGCGUACGGUAGCGCUCAAACGGUUUGAGUCACUUGAACGCAAGCUCGCGUCCGACAGCCGCCUACGGGAGGCGUAUUGUAAUUUCAUGGCAGAGUACAUCUCGUUAGGUCACAUGUCUUUAGCAAAAACCGAGGGGUUAUACUUUAUCCCCCACCAUGCGGUGUUCAAGUCUUCUGACGUCGAAGCGAAAAUUCGCGUUGUAUUUGAUGCAUCUGCGCAAUCAUGUGCGAGCGCUUCGCUCAAUCAGUGCUUAUUCUCGGGUCCCAAACUGCAACAGGACGUGAUAGAUGUUCUCGUAUUAUUUCGCCUAUCGCGUCAUGCAUUUACGGCAGAUAUAAACAAAAUGUACCGACAAAUUUUAGUGGACCCUGAACACAGACGUUAUCAGCACAUUUUAUGGCGCGCAUCCCCGCAAGAUGCACUCGAAGAAUACGAGCUAAAUACCGUUACAUACGGGGUAAACUGUGCCCCUUUCCUCGCCAUUCGGGUUCUCCACCAUAUCGCCGAACAUGAUUGUACUGAUGUCCCCGCUGUUCGUGACGCGUUAUUAUUCAGUACAUAUGUAGAUGACAUUUGUGUCGGAGGGGAUACCGUAACCGAGGCGCUCUCACUUCAGCGUGAUUUAAUAAACAUAUUAAAACAGUCCGGUAUGAGUCUAAAAAAAUGGUCGAGCAACACCAUCGAGGUAUUACAACAGGUGCCCUCUGAGGAUCAAGCAUGCGGGUUAUUAUCAUUUGAUGAUGAAACUGGUGGGGGUACUAAAGUUUUGGGACUCCAAUGGUCGCAACGGGAUGACACUUUUAGAUAUGCUUGUCAGUCCGAAAACCUAAUAACAACUAAGCGAGGCAUGUUAUCAUUAAUUGCGCGCAUAUUUGACCCGCUCGGCUUAUUGGCGCCCGUAAUAUUUUUAGCAAAACAUUUAAUGCAGCGCGUGUGGCAACUCGGUAUUUCUUGGGAUGAACAGCUGCCCCCCGAAAUACUUGACGUAUGGAAUAAGUUUGUGGCGGAUCUCCCGAUUUUACAAAAAAUAAACAUUCCGCGAUUUAUUGGUACUCAUUCCGGUAUCCAAGGUCACUUAUGCGGGUUUUGUGACGCGUCUGAAAAGGGUUUUUCGGCCGUCGUAUAUUUAAGACUUCGCAGUCGUUCUGGACCAGUAAUUUCUCUGUUAGGUGCAAAAACGAAGAUGGCUCCAACUAAGGCCUCAACGAUUCCACGGUUGGAACUUUGUGCCGCCGUUUUGUUAGCUCGUUGGAUGGCCCGGCUUAAAUUCACCCUUGAGCGCAAAAUUAAAAUUACUCAAAGUUAUGCCUGGUCAGACUCGACUACCGUGUUAAGCUGGCUUAAAUUACCUCAUGAUAGCUUUAAAAUUUUUGUGUCAAAUCGGGUACACAAAGUGACGACGUUGCUCCCCGCCUGCAAUUGGAAUUAUAUACCAUCGACUAGUAACCCUGCAGAUUGUGCGUCACGUGGUAUUUUCCCUGCUGAGCUAGUAAACCAUGAACUAUACUGGGGUGGGCCGGACGUUUUAUAUCGUGAUGAAACUGAAUGGUUGACGUUAGGUCCGAAGUUACUCACUGACGGUUUACCGGAGAUGAAAACCUCUCCAUUAACGACGUUUAUCACCAAUAAUAAGGAACCUCCCGAACCUGAGUGGUACGUGCGGUUCUCGUCUUACAUUCAUAUGAUUCGUGUUAUCGCUCGUAUGUAUAGGUUUAUCAAUGGCUGUAGACGUCUAGCGCAUAAAACCGAUUUUUUAUCACGUACUGAAUUGGACCACGCCGCCGUGGUCGUUGUAAAAUGUUCUCAACGAAUCGCAUUUGGCAAAUUGUUUCACGAUCUCUCAAACAAUCUUCCGAUCAGCGUCAAACCAGUGGCACGUCUUCGUCCGUUUAUAGAUCCCCGCGGGUUAAUUUGUGUAGGCGGCCGUUUGUUAAAUGCCGAUAUACCUAAUACACAGAAACACCCGAUUUUAUUAAGCAAAUCAUCCCACAUAUCGUUUUUAUUGAUUCGCCAUUGGCACGAUAUCACCGGUCAUGGGGGGCCGAGAAUUCUGACAUCUCUUAUUAACCGUUCAUACUGGAUUCUAUCGCUUAAUACCCUUAUCAGAACCGUUCUUAACAAAUGCCUCACUUGCGUCCGUUUAGUGUCCGUCAAUCCACAACCGGUCAUGUCCGAUCUCCCUACAUCUCGUGUGACAGAGUGCCAUCCGUUCUCGCGGGUCGGUAUUGAUUUCGCUGGUCCCUUAGUGAUGACCGAACACCGGUUGCGUAAGGCCCGUCAAUACAAGGUGUAUAUAGCUGUAUUUGUUUGUUUCGUG